UGGGCCAUAAGACCGUUUUUGAUUCCGUACGUAUCUCAUCCUGUCAUCUCCUCUCCUCCGACACGGCGCACUUGACCGUGGGCCAUAAGAUCGUGCACUGCGUGAGCUUGUUUUCAUGCCCGUGAGUGAGAGGCUUCUUCACGCUGCUUACGCGUGACUUGAACCGACUUCGACAACAAGUUCAGAGAGUUCAGGACAUGCAGGUCUGAAAGUGCAGACUACCCUGACGCCCCUGUCCUAGCAAAAUGGCGCAAGACAGAUUGAUAAGGUGGGCUCUCAGCGUCACCUCUCUGACGCAGGAACAGCAGCAGGCCUGUCUAGCUUUCACCGCCCUGCUCCCGCCAGCGGAACAAACGCGGAUACGUAAAUUCGUACACACGGUAGAUGCCCUCCGAAGCCUCGUCGGGCAGCUGCUGGCUCGGCUAGCUAUCUUGUCUUUCCUUCCGGCAGGAACGAGAUGGGCCGAGGUGGAGAUACAGAGGAACGAUGAGUGGAAGCCAUAUCUCGUCUCUCCGGCGGUUCCCAACCUCCUCUUUAACGUCUCCCACCAAGGCGACUGGGUCGUCCUCCUCGCCGGGCACGCACAACUCCUCGGCGUCGACGUCGCCCGCACCGAGAUGACAGCCGCCCAAAAGCUUUCCAGCUACUUCAGCUACUUCCCGCACGUGUUCACCGACCGCGAGUGGGAGUAUAUCCGGGGGUACCGGAAAACCGACGACGAGGAGGGAUGUGCUGAGGAAUUACCCACGGGCGCUUUUCAUGUGGAUUUGGCGAUCUUGCCAGAGUCGCAGGUGCAGCAGUUGCAUCGGUUUCAUCAGAUGUGGGCGUUGAAGGAGAGUUAUAUCAAGGCGAUUGGACGCGGGUUGGAUGCCAAUUUGAGGCAUAUUGAGUUUAGCGUGCCUGAAGGGCAUGUGAUUUCGCUGGAUCCUGGGCAUGUCGAGCGGGAAAUCACAUUGAGUGUUGACGGCGAGGAGAAGCCGGAAUGUCUCCUCACGUUGUCGUACCUGGACGCAUUGCAUCCCAUUGCGACAUGUCAUGUACGCGCCGCGACCGCCGGACCUGGCCAACCGGCAGCACCGCUAGCUGGGGAUGAGGAUGGGCAGUGGUUCAAAGAAAGGACGUGGGCGGAGUUGGAGUCGAGCAUUAGGAAAGUGCAAUGAUUUAGUUUCAGAGAUGAUGCGGCGGUAGCGGAGUGUUCAUUCCCAUGUAAAUAUAGAUCAGAUACUAUAGAUUAGGCGUUAACGGGUCGGCCGUAGUUUUUAUUUAGCAUAUUCACUUUCAUUCCUCAAAGGCUCAAAUAUGCAUCCGGAAACAGCAAAA